AUGCUGUUGCUCUUCUUGACCAUGCUGCUCGUGCCGGCCGUGUACUCUGAUCCGUCUCUCAAAGUGGGCUUCUACAAGCGAUCCUGUCCCGCGGCGGAAUCCAUUGUGAGGAAAACUGUCAGAAGGGCAGUGUCCCGCAAUCCUGGUAUUGGCGGUGGGAUUAUCAGGAUGCAUUUCCAUGACUGCUUUGUCCGGGGUUGUGAUGGUUCCGUGCUGCUGAAAUCGGGGCCAGGUAGUCAGCAAUCGGAGAGGGACCACCCGGCCAACAAUCCGGGGCUGAGGGGAUUCGAAGUAAUCGAGGAAGCCAAGAACAGAAUCGAGUCCGUCUGCCCCAACACCGUCUCCUGCGCCGACAUCCUCGCUUUUGCCGCCAGGGACAGCUCCAGCAAGCUCGGCCGCAUCAACUACGCGGUCCCUGCGGGUCGCCGCGACGGCCGCGUCACCGUCUUCGACGAGGUCACCGAGAACCUCCCUCCCCCGACCUCCACCGCCGACCAACUCGUCGCGAAUUUCGCCAGGAAAGGACUGUCGGCCGACGAGAUGGUCACGCUCUCCGGCGCGCAUUCCAUCGGCGCGUCGCACUGCUCGUCGUUCUCGGCGCGCCUCUACUCCUUCAACGGAACGCAUGAUCAGGACCCGUCCCUCGACCGGAAAUUCGCGGCGGCUCUGAAGGCCACGUGUCCCCGGCCGCCGCGAAACGGCGGCGGCCGUGAUCCGUUGGUGCCGCUCGACUCGGCCACGCCCAACCGGCUGGACAAUAAGUACUACGUAGAGCUGACAGCGGGGCGGGGGUUGCUGACGUCGGACCAGACGUUGGUGGAGAAUUCGCUGACGAGGAAGUACGUGGCGGUCAAUGCUAGGUACGGCGCCACGUGGACUGCCAAGUAUGUUAAGGCGAUGGUGAAGAUGGGUUCGAUUGAUGUGUUGACCGGAAGUCAAGGUGAGAUUCGGAGCAGCUGUAGCUUUGUCAACUGA